AUGCUGUUCCCAAAGCUUUGCUCGAUUUCCCAGCUCUACUUUUUGACGGGAGUUACAGACAAAGACUCUCGCACGCCAACAUUAACUAUUGAGGAUGUCGCAUCCCUUGUUUACCAUACCCGCGAUGCCCGCAGCGCCACUCAUGCAGGCCGGUACAGGGCCCAAGAGAAGUCGGGCAUGGAGAGCGUGUUUAGGGUGCCGCAAGAUCAAAAUGUGAUGGUCAAGAUCCUUGUCGCACCUGCGACGCACGCUGCAACUCUUGAAAGCCAGACGGACCGCAUCUCUCAGGUGUGCCAGCAGCUAGGGUCCCUGGUAGAGAGAUUCGGCUACGCAAUGGAGAUAUUCGAGAAAAGACUUGCAGAGCUACCUCUCGCCGCACCACAGAGCCAUGCCGGCGCUAUUAUUUUGCAUCAGCAGGGCGGUAGGUCUGGCGUAUCGCUCAUGGCAGAUCUAAACGUGCCCGCUCAUGAGUCUCCAGCUCGACUUCUACGACAACUAGAGGAGGAAACUGAAUCGAACCUAGAUGAGGAUGAAGACGAGGCUGAAUUAUAUCGAAGCAGCGAGGAGACAGAGGACGUUAAAAUCGUUGCUCUGGGAGGCUUAGCUACUGACUCGUUCGGCCGACCUAGGUACGUUGGAGGUGUGUCCAACCUAGCUAUAAUUGAAGCCUUGACUGCCCUAUCUCAUGGGGGGAAACCGCGACCAUCGUCGGGUCCCGAGGUCGCUGUCCCUAGAGGUCAAGGCGUGUCUGGUCACCCAUUCUUCAUCCCAGGUCUCCAGGGAGCGCGACUGCCAUUCCUGCCGACACCAGAGCAGUUGGAUAUACCACCUAGCUAUAUGUCGAAUCUCCUAGUUACUGUGUAUUUUGAUAAGCUACAUUAUGCGCUGCCGGUUCUCUGCAAGAACCAAUUCCUGAGCAAAUAUCGAGACCUAGUGGACGGCGCAAACCAAGUAAGGGCAGACGUUCGGUUUCUGGCCGUGUUCUAUGCGGUGUGCGCCUGUGCCACGAGCCUGCUGGCCCGAGAUGGCGGUGUGCAAUCACUGUCCCCAGGGAUCGAACAUUUCGAAAAGGCCGCGCUCCUACAGCUGAGCUUGAACGACGACGCCAGUAUAGAACAAAUUCAAUGCCUCGCGCUUCUGUCCCAAUGCACCGCAAGUUGGAAUUCGCUCGGUCAAGCCUGGAAAUACGCCGGCCAAGCAGUGAGGGCAGCUAUUGAUCUAGGGUGUCACAACACUGCGGAGUGGGUGCAACUAGCACCGGACUUUGAAUCACUCCCAAGGCAGGAUCCCAACUGGGACCAAAGCGCUACGAUGCGGGUGAUCGCUUCCAUAAUUCGCGAAGGUUCGAUUAUCACGCUCCAUUGGCGCCUACUCUUCAACAGCCCCGAAGGGAGUGACCCACACCUCGAAACCUCGCGGACCGAAUGCAUCGCAGCCGCCCAGAAAUGUAUCCAAACCGGGAGUUUCAUCCGGGACCAUGUUCCUCCGUCUUUUUAUCUAGCCUUUUGCGUCCAUUACUUGACCUUGUCUGGUAUCGUCCUGGUACGCUUAUCAAAGUCACGCGAGUCUGAGUACCGUAGCGAUAUCGAAGCCUGCGUGAAACUCCUUGGUGGUCUCGAGCGGGUGUGGUCCGGUGCGCAAUGGAGUCGAAACAUCAUCCAGGAAUUGCUGCAAAAGCGGCACUGCCUUGGCCUUGUCGCGGAAAAUGAGUUCCAGUCAGGGGGCGUAAACAACACGAUAUACACAUACGAGUCUGCCCCACAAGAUCGAAGACCUCUUGUCGAUUGGUACGACGACCAGUUUGAUUUUAACUCGAGCGGAGAGCUACUCCGCGGCUUCUUCACCUAA